AUGCUUUACCUUCGUGUCGAUUAUUGUGUUCAAACAUUUCUUUUACAUUUUUCAAUUUACCUCUUGAAUUUUCAAGUUCUUUGUAUAUUGGCGGCAUCUGCAUUUACGCCCGAAGCUAGAUAUGCGCACACGAGUGUUUUGAUCAGCGAUAGACUUUACUUUCUGGGUGGAACAGUCGACUCUAAACCGUCCAAUGAGUUUUUCUACCUUGAUCUAUCAAGUUCGUUUAAUACGCAAAGUCUUCCGUGGGUGGAUCUGACAGGCACUCGGAGCAUUCCCGUGUGGAGUUCAUGGGCAGCGGCAACCAUCGGCAAUGAUAGAGUGUCGAUAUACCUGAUAGGCGGAGAGAUGCGUGAUCAAGCGCAAAAUUUAUUACCAAAUAAUAAUAACAUUGUUUUCGCAUACAAUACAAACGCUCAGUUGUGGUAUGCGCCCAACAUUUCCGGCCCAACACCCACAAGACGAACACAAGUUCAAGCCGUCACUGAUCACUCGGGAAAAAUUUACUAUUUUGGGGGGAGAUUCGAUGUCGUUAUCAAUGGUCUUUCAAAUAGCAUUGAUAAUAACAAUUUUACCAUUUUGGAUACCAAAAAUUUGAGUUGGUCUUUGGCUACUGUAAUUGGGGCCCCAUCACCACGAGAAAGUUUUUCGGUUACCAUCUUAGGGAACGGUGUCAUUUUGUUUAUCGGGGGUAGAGAGCUUAACCCCCAAAAUGGAUCUUUUGAUGAUGUGAAUAUUACACAGAUUCCAAUAUAUGACACUGAUUCAGGUCAGUGGUAUACUAUGACAUCGACGCCAAACAUCCGAAGCAAUGAUUUUGAGACAUUAGCAUACUUCAGGGGUGGUCCGUCUUUGCACACCUUUUCUGAUGGCACAGAAAGGAAUGGUGGUGAUCCAAGUAGACAAACAUAUGGCAAUGAUCAAUAUGUAGAUUAUUUCAAUAUUGGUCCGACCAUCGUCAAACGCUCACCUCGUGCCCUAUUCAAGUAUAAGGCCCGAGGUGAAUGGGGAAAUGACGGCGAACAGUGGAG